CUUCACACCCAGAGUGUUUCACACCGAAGACCUGUACCGUUACCGUAGGCACGUCAGCAGCAGCCAUGAACGCGAUGCUUGGGAGAGGGAAGAAAAAGGUCACCCUUCCCACCCGGCCGGAGCCGCCGACUGCGGCAGAUAUCCUGGAGGACGUCAAAAACGCCCCAGAAGAUGACGUGGCGUUUACGUACUUCAGAAGACGUGAGCAAGGCAGGAACAUCAGUUUCAACAUACAGGGACUGGCUACGACAACCACCACUGACCCUGGAAAACAUGGCAUCAUGAGCGACUCCUUUGAGGAACAGUCAUCUGGCCAAGUCAGGAAACCUUCCCAAAUCUCCCAGGAGGACUUGCAGGAUGAUGUGGACGGGUGCUACGAACAAGCCAGAACUUACCUCGAGCUGAACACUAGACUGGAGAAAACCAAGACUGAACUGAGACAGAAAUGUGAAGACCUGGAAGUCAUGGGCUCAGAGCUGACCAACUCUAUACAGGAACUUAAGAAGCAGACAGAACAUUCUGAGACAUCGUGAAUCAACAAAGGGGAUACAAAAAUGUAAUCAAGAAUCUAUGUACUUUUUUUUAAAGUGAUGGAAUAGAAAUAUACAAACAUUACCAUUACAAUGGAAUUUCACAUUUUUACUACCUCUACAAUGUAAUAAGAUUAACAGCAAACAUCUAGGAGGAACCAACAUCCAAAAAAAAAGGUACAGUUAAGAAACAUCGGUUUGGGCUUUUUGGUAGUGCCAUGACUUUAUCCUCACAAAAACCAUGCUGUUAUGAGAAAAUACAAGUUACUGUAUUACUCUACGUAUCCACACCUUUUCAUCCAUUUGAAUAUUACAGACAGGCUGUAGAUAACUCCAUUUCUUUGACCCCAUGCUAAAAACUUACCCUCCAUUCUUGUUGUAUGCAACACUGUUCCAAUACAUUUACAUAUGUACUUGUUUGAUAUGGGUGCAAAGAUGAAAAUUUUCCAGUUUUGGAAGAGAAAUUAUGUUAUACAGAGGAAAAAGCAUACUACUUCCUGUUUUUCCUCAACCAUUCAUCCACUAAUUACAGCUGACUUAAUCUUUGUCAUGCAUCUGUAGUACAUGU